GGAUCGAACUGAAGUAUGCCGAGGGCGUGUUCGGACUUGAGCCGGCUCUUUCGAACGACUUCGUUGCUCCUCCGUCGAUAUGAAGUUGCCACGUGCUCCCACCCAUCGGCCGUCAUGCUGCGGCACGCACAUAAUAAAAGCCCGCUAUUCUCGCCGCCGACGAGUAGUCGUGACACGCCGGUGGAUGGAUUUGCGCUCGUGAAUCUCGUUACAUUUAUCUACGCGCCUCACGCAUUUUCGAUCAGAUUCUACAGUAAUUGCGAGAAAUCGAUCGACGAGAUGGCUUGCCCAAUGAGGGAUCCCGCGUCGGAACAGCUGAAUAAUUACAAGAAUAAACUAAAGGGUGAGACACCUGUAUUAUUAACCGCCAAUGGAGCCCCUAUUGCCGAGAAGAAGGCCAGUCUCACGGUUGGUCCUCGUGGACCCAUGUUGCUGCAAGACUUUGUUUACUUGGACGAAAUGUCGCAUUUUGCCAGAGAAAGAAUUCCGGAACGAGUCGUACAUGCGAAAGGAGCUGGUGCGUUUGGUUACUUUGAAGUUACCCAUGACAUUACCAAGUAUUGCAAAGCUAAGGUAUUUUCUAGCAUUGGAAAGAGGACUCCUAUCGCUGUAAGAUGUUCUACCGUCGGUGGUGAAAGCGGUUCUGCCGAUACUGUCAGAGAUCCGCGUGGAUUUGCUGUCAAAUUUUAUACUGAAGAAGGUAUUUGGGAUCUUGUGGGCAACAAUACGCCAAUCUUUUUCAUCAAGGAUCCUCUUUUCUUCCCGAGUUUUAUACACACACAGAAAAGAAAUCCAGCAACUCACUUGAAGGAUGCUGAUAUGUUUUGGGACUUCAUCUCCCUCAGACCCGAGUCGACACAUCAAGUUAUGUUUCUCUUUAGCGAUCGUGGUAUUCCUGAUGGAUAUCGUCAUAUGAAUGGCUAUGGUUCUCAUACAUUCAAACUGAUAAAUGACAAGAAUGAAAUGGUAUACUGCAAAUUCCACUACAAGACCAAUCAAGGAAUCAAGAAUCUUCUUGCGGAAAAAGCUGCCGAGCUUAGCGCUUCCGAUCCCGAUUACUCAAUCAGAGAUCUUUAUAAUGCUAUCGCUAGGGGUCAGUACCCGUCUUGGACAUUUUAUAUCCAAGUGAUGACCGCUGAACAAGCAAAGACCUUCAAAUGGAAUCCGUUUGAUUUGACAAAGGUAUGGCCGCACACAGAAUUUCCACUGAAACCAGUGGGCAAAUUAGUAUUAGAUCGCAAUCCUGAAAAUUACUUCGCCGAUGUGGAGCAAAUGGCCUUCGAUCCGGCACAUAUGGUACCUGGUAUCGAACCGAGUCCCGAUAAAAUGUUACAAGGACGACUCUUCGCCUAUGGGGACACUCAUAGGCAUCGUCUGGGUCCAAAUCAUCUUCAAUUAGCAGUGAAUUGCCCUUACAAGGCGAUUUCUGCAAUGCACUAUCAGCGGGAUGGUAACAUGCCGAUAUACAAUCAUGGCGGUGCACCAAAUUAUUAUCCGAAUAGCUUCAGCGGCCCGAAGGAAUGUCCGGCUGCUCGCUCACCGCCAUUCCAUGUAUCUGGUGAUGUGGACCGUUACGACCCCGUGGAUGACGAUGACUUUAGUCAAGUCACUACUUAUUGGAAGAAGAUUCUCGAUGAGCCAGCUAGAGAAAGAUUGGUACAGAACAUGGUAUCAAGUUUGCGCAACGCUUCAACGUUCAUCAUUGAGCGGGCCGUACGAAACUUUGCUCGGGUAGAUGUCGAUCUUGCUCAGAGAUUGACAGACGGCUUGCGCAAAUGCAAAAUUAACAUUAAUGCCUUGGGAAAAUCGGCCAAUCUCUGAAGAGGAUGUCUCUCUUCUAUUUUGUUAAAUUACGUUAAUGUACCUUGCUGCUAAAUACGCACAGAAAUACGUACUAAAUAUUAAAUAUAUAAUUACACCAUAUACACCUUAACACACUUUGUAUUUAUCGGAUAUAUUUGUAAGAUCAACGAAAAUAUUUCUUUCUGCAAUAUUGUACAUUGCUUUUAUUGAUAUUCUAAAGUUGCUGUUUUAUAAUACUAAUAUUAUUUUACAAGGGUGUAGGUGAUAAAACUAUCAAUGGUGCCUUUUAUACAUAAACCAAAUACGUUCUAUUUGAGGAAGGUAAAAAUCGUAUAUUGUUUAAUUCCACUAUUUUUUAGGAUACUGUUUUAUUGAUUGUAAUGUUGAUUGUAAUGCAUACUUUUAGAUUUUAUAAUUCAUUUAACAGAGAAAUGUGUGUAGGGAUUUAUAUGUAAAUAAAAUUGAAAAUUGCCAUAAACGCACGAGUGCA